AUGCCAGUCAAGACCGUCACUUUUGGAGCAGAUGCUGGCAACAGUUUUCUUCGAGCAGCCCGUUCUGGCAACCUGGACAAGGCUUUGGACCAUAUAAAAAAUGGCAUUGAUAUUAAUACAGCCAAUCAGAAUGGGCUCAAUGGGCUGCAUCUGGCCUCAAAAGAAGGCCACGUUAAAAUGGUGCUGGAGCUACUUCACAAUGGGAUUGUACUUGAGACCACUACAAAGAAAGGAAACACAGCCCUGCACAUUGCAGCCCUGGCAGGGCAGGAGCAGGUGGUCACAGAGCUGGUUAACUACGGGGCCAAUGUCAACGCUCAGUCCCAGAAGGGUUUCACUCCACUCUACAUGGCUGCACAAGAAAACCAUCUAGAGGUUGUGAAGUUUCUUUUGGAGAACGGAGCCAAUCAGAGCAUUCCAACUGAGGAUGGAUUUACCCCACUUGCAGUGGCUCUUCAGCAGGGACAUGAGAAUGUCGUAGCCCUGCUCAUUAAUUAUGGCACCAAGGGAAAGGUCCGACUCCCUGCACUGCACAUUGCAGCACGAAAUGAUGAUACUCGCACAGCAGCCGUGCUUUUGCAGAAUGACCCUAAUCCUGAUGUACUGAGCAAGACUGGAUUUACACCCCUCCACAUUGCUGCACACUACGAAAACUUGAACGUGGCUCAACUGCUACUCAAUCGUGGAGCAAAUGUCAACUUCACGCCAAAGAACGGCAUCACUCCUCUUCACAUUGCUUCAAGACGGGGGAAUGUUUUCAUGGUCCGACUCCUCCUGGACAGAGGGGCACAGAUCGACGCUAAAACAAAAGAUGAGUUGACCCCGCUGCACUGCGCAGCCAGAAACGGACACGUUAGGAUUAUAGAGAUCCUGCUGGAUAACGGAGCCCCUAUCCAGGCAAAAACAAAGAAUGGCCUGUCUCCAAUCCACAUGGCAGCGCAGGGGGACCACAUGGACUGCGUCAAGCAGCUUCUGCAGUUCAAUGCAGAAAUUGACGACAUCACACUGGACCACCUAACCCCUCUGCAUGUGGCAGCACACUGUGGGCACCACCGCAUGGCCAAAGUACUGUUGGACAAAGGGGCCAAACCCAACUCUAGGGCUCUGUCCGGUCUGACCCCCCUGCACGUGGCCUCAUUCAUGGGUCAUCUCAAUAUUGUGAAGAUACUCUUGCAGAAAGGAGCUUCACCCAAUGCUUCCAAUGUGAAAGUGGAGACUCCUCUGCACAUGGCAUCUCGGGCCGGGCACUACGAGGUGGCAGAGUUUCUGUUGCAGAAUGCAGCACCGGUGGAUGCCAAGGCCAAGGAUGACCAAACACCGCUGCAUUGUGCAGCUCGAAUGGGCCACAAGGAGCUUGUGAAGCUUCUGCUAGAACAAAAAGCCAACCCCAACUCCAGCACCACGUCUGGCCACACGCCUCUUCACAUUGCUGCCCGAGAAGGUCAUGUACAGACUGUACGCAUCCUACUCGACAUGGAGGCUCAGCAGACCAAGAUGACCAAGAAGGGUUUCACACCACUCCAUGUGGCCUCAAAGUAUGGCAAGGUGGAUGUUGCAGAGCUGCUGCUUGAAAGAGGAUCCAACCCUAAUGCAGCUGGGAAGAAUGGCCUGACUCCGCUGCACGUUGCUGUGCAUCACAACAACCUGGAUGUAGUUAAUUUACUUGUCAGCAAAGGAGGAUCACCACACAGUGCUGCCAGGAAUGGCUACACUGCCCUCCACAUAGCAUCCAAGCAGAACCAGGUGGAGGUGGCCAACAGCCUGCUGCAGUACGGGGCAUCGGCCAACGCUGAGUCACUGCAGGGAGUCACCCCCCUUCACCUGGCCUCACAGGAGGGCCGGCCCGACAUGGUCUCCCUGCUCAUCUCAAAACAGGCCAACAGUGGAUUAACCCCCCUGCACCUGGUGGCACAGGAGGGACACGUUAGCAUUGCUGACAUCUUGGUGAAACAAGGAGCUUCAGUUUACGCUGCCACACGAAUGGGCUACACGCCUCUCCAUGUAGCAUGUCACUACGGCAACAUCAAGAUGGUGAAGUUCCUCUUGCAGCAGCAGGCCAAUGUUAACAGCAAAACAAGGCUUGGUUACACUCCUCUGCACCAGGCAGCUCAGCAGGGACACACAGACAUUGUGACACUGUUACUGAAACAUGGCGCUCAGCCCAACGAGACCACCACACAUGGCACUUCCGCCCUGGCCAUUGCCAAGAGGUUGGGCUACAUCUCAGUGAUUGAUGUCCUGAAGCUUGUCACUGAGGAGACAGUUUCCAUGACGACCACAGAGAAACAUCGUAUGAGUUUCCCGGAAACGGUGGAUGAAAUUCUAGACGUGUCUGAGGAUGAAGGAGAGGAGCUUUUGGGGACAGAAGGGGCCAGGUACAUGAAGAUGGAUGACAUGAAAGACCAUGAUGACGAUUUCCUCUCUCCCAAGAAAUCACUGGAGUACGAGAGAGGGCUGGGCACAGCAAAUUACUCGCCAGCCAUUCCGAGGAUCCCCCGUGUUUCACCAGAGACUGUCAUCCUGAAAGAGCACGAAAUAGAGCAGCAACACACUCCACUUCCGUUGCCCAAAGAAUAUGAUGAUGACUCAUUGAUUCCCAGCAGCCCAGCAACGGAAACGUCUGACAAUGUCAGCCCGGUUGCCAGUCCCAUACACACAGGGUUCCUGGUCAGUUUUAUGGUGGAUGCUCGGGGCGGUUCAAUGCGAGGCAGCAGGCAUAAUGGUCUGCGUGUCAUCAUACCUCCACGGACGUGUGCGGCACCCACCCGUAUUACCUGCCGCCUGGUGAAGCCGCAGAAGCUGACCAGCCCCCCUCCACUGGUGGAGGGAGAGGGGCUGGCCAGCAGGAUCAUUUCCCUAGGUCCAGCGGGCAUGCAGUUCUUGGGACCGGUGAUUGUGGAGAUCCCUCACUUUGCUGCUCUGGGUCGGGGUGAUCGAGAACUUGUGGUGCUGAGAAGUGAGAAUGGCUCUGUAUGGAAGGAGCAUCGCAAUCGCUAUGGCGAUGAAGUUCUAGAGACAAUCUUGAAUGGGAUGGAUGAGGAGCUGGAAAGUCAAGAGGAACUUGGGAAGAAGCGAAUCCGCCGCAUUAUCUCCACGGACUUCCCCCUGUACUUUGCUGUGGUGUCAAGAGUCCAACAAGAGAGCGACCUUAUUGGUCCAGAGGGAGGUUCGUUGACAAGUAAACUGGUGCCGAUGGUCCAGGCCUCGUUUCCCGAAACGGCAGUUACCAAACGAGUCCGCCUGGGGCUGCAGGCUCAGCCAGUUCCAGAUGAGCUGCUUGCAAAGCUGCUGGGUAACCAAGCGAACUUUAGUCCUGUUGUCACUGUGGAGCCUCGGAGGCGCAAGUUUCACAGACCCAUUGGCCUGCGCAUACCCCUGCCCCCAUCCUGGAAGGAGAGCCCUCGAGACUCGGGCGAGGGCGACACCACCAGUCUGCGUCUGCUCUGCUCUGUCAUAGGUGGCACAGCACCGGCCCAGUGGGAGGAUAUCACUGGCACUACAAAGCUCGCAUAUUCUAAUGACUGUGCCAGCUUCACGACUAAUGUUUCAGCACGCUUCUGGCUGGCAGACUGUCCCAGGACAGCUGAAGCCGUCUCCUUUGCCAACCUGCUGUACAGAGAGCUGUCGGCUGUACCUUACAUGGCCAAGUUUGUGGUUUUUGCAAAGAUGAAUGAGCUCCGUGAGGGCCGUCUGCGCUGCUACUGCAUGACUGACGACAAGAUGGAUAAAACUCUGGAGCAACACGAGAACUUCACAGAAGUGGCACGCAGCAGAGACAUAGAGGUGAUGGAGGGGAUGCCGCUGCACCUUGAGUGUUCAGGGAAUCUUGUUCCAGUGAGGAAGGCCACACAGCAGCCUCGCUGUUUUAGUUUUCAGGCCUUCAGGGAUAACCGUCUUCCCGUCUCCGUUAAGGUGAGAGACAGCAGUAAAGAGCCAACUGGAUUUUUAUCCUUCCUGCGUAAGACCACUAAGUAUGAGGACAGCCAGCACGUGCUCUGCAACCUCAACAUCACAAUGCCUCCGUGUAUUAAGAUUAUUGGAAGUGAGGACCGGAGAAGAACUCUGACCCCGCUGGCUUUAAGAGAAAGAUACAGUGCCCUGAAUGAGCCUGCUAUGGCAUCGAUGACUGCCAUGGAAAGAACAGAGCUGAAAAUGGCGGUGAUUGCAGAGCAGCUGGGACUGAGUUGGGCUGAAUUGGCACGUGAGCUUCAGCUCAGUGUGGAUGAUAUCAAUAAGAUCCGUGUGGAAAAUCCUAAUUCCCUACUGGAGCAGAGUUCUGCAUUGCUCAACCUAUGGGCCACACGUGAGGGCAAAAGGGCCAAGAUGGAGAGCUUGUACACGGCUCUGAAGAGUAUUGACCGUAUGGACAUCAUCAAUAUGUUGGAGGGCCAGCCUCCUCAGCCGUUGAGACAAGGCUCCCAUGAACUGAGCAGACGCAGACACAAUGAGAGAGAUCACCUAUCCCCUGGUAUGACCAAUGGUUAUGGGUUUACACAGGAAGAGCUGCUCUCACCGGCAUCCAUGCAGUACAGCCUGCCCUCCCCGCUGGGUGCUGAGCCUUACUGGCAGGAAGUUUCAAGUCUGGACUGUGCUCCCAUUGCCACCACAGAAGAAGACACCCUGAUGGAGAUGUCUGACGUACAGGUGUGGCCAUCAGGCCACAGCCCCUCCCUGGUACCCAUGGAGGACUCUUCCCUGGAAUGCAGCAAUGCCGAUGACUCAGAAGGCCUUCUGGGGCUACCGCAUGGAAGUUUGGGUCGACCAGCCAGUCAGGCCAGCGCAGCCAGCGGAGGGGGUGGGAUGCUUAGUGGCUCCAUUGAGCUACCAGAAGAUGAUUCAGAGAUGGGCGUUGACUCACUCAGCACUGCCACACCAGCCUCGCUUGGGGGUACCAUUUCUGGAAUCAAUCUUAAUGGGCUGAACAAUGGUCAGGGGUCAGAGGCAAGUUCAGAGACAUCAGCUGUCACAAAUACAACUGGUGGAGAUGGAGCUGGAGGAGGGGGAGGACGAGAAGGCGGGACGGGCUCAGAGGAAGGACUUUCUCUUGUUGCAGGGCAGCAAAGGGUAUAUGCUCGAUUGAGUGAGUCACCUGGUCUGAGCUGUGUCGCAGAUCGGAAUGGAGACAGGUCAGGUAAUAGUGGAAACGGAGGUGGUGGAGGCUCUUUCCUUUCCUACCUGCAGGAACAGUCAGGCCCAGGGUGGAUCCCUGUCACUGACCCGACUCAGAAUUGGGUUGGCACGCAGUCCAAACCGAGGCAGGCAAUGGAGUCCAUGAUUUCAUCGGUACACAACGCUUUGGGUGAAGACCAAUCCCCAAUGUCCCAGGAGUCCCUGCUUCAACCUGUGAGGGACAUGGGGCACUCCGAGAUCUUACGGGGGCACUUCAGAGGUACCCAACCUUUCGAGAAGGGCUUGGGAUUUCCGCACAGGGUUCCAGAGCUGAGAGCCUGGGAUGACGUACGCCUAAAGGGCCAGGUGAGUGUAUCAUUAGUCCCAUACUAG